AUGGCUCCUCCUCCGCCUGCGACCCUGCCUCUGGCUGAGAGACUCAAGGCUCUCGCACAGACCCUGCAAUUUGCCUGGUUUGUUGGACACCUGACCCUGCUGAUUUCCGUCCUCCGCUACACCCUGUCCUUCAUCUUCUUCAAUUAUUACUCGUCCUCGGCCAAGAUCGCCUAUCGUCUGGCAUUUAUCUCGGCGGCUGUCACCUAUGGAAUUGUCGUGUACAAGGGUCACUUCGCUCGAGGUGUCCAGGGCAAUGUUCCCACCAUUGUGACCAAGCUCAUCUCCGAUGAGAAUGUGCAGUAUCUGGGUAUGGCUUUGGUCUGGCUGUACUCGCGCCAGCUCCUUUUGGCCCUCUUGCCAUUCAGCGUGUACUCGGUUUUCCACGUCGCCACCUACAGCCGCAUGUACCUGAUCCCGACCCUGCAGCCGCCGUCGCAGGGUGCCCCAGGCCCGGCCUCGCCCACCUCUCCAAGCUCCAAGCCCGCCGGCAAGCAGUCGCCGCUCGCCGAGACCAUUGGCCGCUUCAUCAAGCAGUACUAUGAUGCCAGCAUGGGUGUGGUUGCUACGCUCGAGAUUUUGCUCCUGUUCCGACUGGUGCUGUCUGCGAUUACCUUCUCCAAGGGCAGCUGGGUGCUGCUGGUGGUCUACUUGGCUUUCUUCCGUGCCCGCUACGCCCAGAGCUCCUUUGUUCAGCAGGCUGUGCGCCAGGGCUGGGAGACCUUCAAGGGUGUCGUGCGCCAGGGCUAUGAGGCUACCGAUGUGGGCCGUUACUUGUCUGGUGCCGUUGCUGCCAAGAAGCCGCAGUAA